CACCAGUGCCCCUGGCCCCCAAACCUUUUUUUCCCCCUCUCCUCUCCUUCUCCCUACUCCCUCCCCCCACCCCAACCCCUAGCCUAGCCCCCUCCCCGCCCGUCAAAGCGAGAGCGCCGUAUCACCGGCCUUUCCCUCCACCGCCGCCUCGAUCCGCGCCCAAAGAUACCUUUCCCCCCCUUCCUCGCGCCGCCGCCGCCGCCAGCCGUUUUGCUGCGACCAUGGCGGCGGAGGGGGAGGGAAAGAACCCGGCGGGCGGUGGCGGAGGGGAUAACCCCCAGCACCAGCAGGCAGUGCAGGCUGCCCCGGCGCCGGCGGCACAGGGGGAAGCGGCGCAGGAGGCUGGAGGACAGGGGACGGGACUGGAGCCGGAGGGGGAGAAAGCGGAUCGAGAGGGGGAGGGCGGCGGCGCCGGGGAGAAGGACGACGCCGCGUGCAGAGAUCUGGUCCUCGUCGAGGAUCCGGAGGUGGUCGCCGUCGAGGAUCCGGAGGAAGCUGCAGCAACCGCAGCACUUCAGGAAGAAAUGAAAGCGCUUGUGGCAUCAAUCCCUGAUGGUGCUGGGGCAGCAUUCACAGCCAUGCAGCUUCAGGAGCUAGAGCAGCAGUCCCGGGUGUAUCAGUACAUGGCUGCCCGAGUACCUGUGCCUACUCACCUCGUCUUCCCUGUAUGGAAGAGUGUAACCGGUGCAUCCUCUGAAGGCGCCCAGAAGUACCCUACUUUGAUGGGCUUAGCAACACUCUGCUUGGACUUUGGGAAGAACCCAGAACCAGAACCAGGGAGGUGUCGGCGAACAGAUGGUAAAAAAUGGCGAUGUUGGAGAAGCACUAUCCCAAAUGAGAAAUACUGUGAACGUCAUAUGCACCGUGGUCGCAAGCGUCCUGUACAGGUUGUCGUUGAGGACGACGAGCCAGAUUCUGCUUCAGGGUCAAAAUCCACUCCUGGCAAGGCUACCGAUGGUGCCAAGAAGGCUGACGACAAGAGCCCAAGUAGCAAGAAGCUUGCAGUGGCAGCACCAGCUGCUGUGCAGUCUACAUAAUUGAUGCAGCAUUAGUAGUCGCAGAAAGAGCAUAACAGCGCUGGCAACUAGCGCCUUCUUCUUAUUGCAUGUAAUCCCCAAAAGACUGUAGUGUGGUCUUAGCUAUAACCUCAUUAAGCAUUCCCAGUGUCUGUGGGAGGAAGCCGCAAGAACUUCCCCUUAGCUGUCAACUGAAAAUUUCACUCCUAGUCACUCCUAGGUGUAUAGUUUGAUUUAGCUUUGUCGUGCCUCCGGCCUUCAGGUAGGCGAUGCGGCAUGAUCUUAUAAAUCCUCCCUGAACUGACAAUAUCGCAUUGUAACCCAAGAAGCCGGUGGAAGAACUUGUGAAACUGCAUUGAUGUGCUUUUUGAUGUCCACCUUUAUUGGCCUGUGCGCAAUUGCAUGAUUCAUCAGUUGUAUAACAAAGUGGAAGAUCCAUAAUUUUAUGCCUUGUGGAGAUUCAGUUAA